CCGGACCACCCUUCCAUGGGAAGCCCGGUGCUCAGCCCGGAUUCAUCGUCCCAUGAUGCCGUACUGUCAGCGCCUGCAGCUUCUCCAGCAGACUCGGAGAGCCUCAGUCCCGACGAACUGGAGCUGCUGGCCAAGCUGGAGGAGCAGAACAGGUUGCUGGAGGCAGACUCCAAAUCUAUGCGGUCGAUGAGUGGCUCGCGGCGCAACAGUGGCUCCUCACUGGUGUCCAGCUCCUCGGCCUCCUCCAACCUGUCUCACCUGGAGGAGGACACCUGGAUCCUGUGGGGACGCAUCGUCAAUGAGUGGGAGGAGUGGAGACGCAAGAAGGAUAAACUGCUGAAGGAGUUAAUUCGGAAGGGUAUUCCCCACCACUUCCGGGCCAUCGUGUGGCAGCUGCUAGGAAAUGCCACAGACAUGCCAGUGAAGAACCAGUACUCUGAGUUGCUGAAGAUGUCCUCUCCCUGUGAAAAGCUCAUCCGCAGGGACAUAGCCCGUACCUACCCUGAGCAUGAGUUCUUCAAAGGUCAAGACAGCCUUGGACAGGAAGUACUAUUCAAUGUCAUGAAGGCAUACUCGCUGGUGGAUCGGGAGGUGGGCUACUGCCAAGGCAGUGCGUUCAUUGUUGGCCUACUGCUCAUGCAGAUGCCCGAGGAGGAGGCGUUCUGUGUGUUUGUGCGUUUGAUGCAGGAGUAUCGUCUGAGGGAGCUGUUCAAACCCAGCAUGGCCGAGCUGGGCCUCUGUAUUUACCAGUUUGAGUACCUGCUCCAGGAACAACUUCCGGAGCUAAACGUUCAUUUCCGCUCCCAAAGUUUCCACACCUCCAUGUACGCCUCAUCCUGGUUCCUCACCCUCUUCCUUACCUUCCUCCCUCUGCCUGUUGCUACGCGCAUCUUUGACAUCUUCAUGUAUGAGGGUCUGGAGAUCAUCUUUCGUGUUGGCAUGGCCAUCCUGCAGUACAACCAAACCGACCUCAUUCAGCUGGACAUGGAGGGGAUGUCACAGCAUUUUCAGAAAGUAAUCCCCCACCAGUUUGACAGCUGCCCCGACAAACUGAUCCUUAGGGCCUACCAAGUGAAAUACAACCCCAAGAGGAUGAAGAAACUUGAGAAAGAGUAUACCACAAUCAAGAACAAAGAGAUGGAAGAGCAAAUUGAGAUCAAGAGGUUGCGCACUGAGAACAGACUCCUAAAGCAGAGGAUCGAGACACUUGAAAAGGAGAGCGCUGCUCUGGCAGACAGACUGAUUCAGGGUCAGGUGACGCGAGCACAGGAAGCAGAGGAGAACUAUGUGAUCAAGCGAGAGCUGGCUGUGGUCCGGCAGCAGUGCAACACUGCCAGUGAGAGCCUGGAGAAAGCACAGGAUACCAUCAGAGACCUGCAGCAACAGAAGUAUACAGAGCAGUUUGUCAACAGCCUGCAAACUCAGCUGGAGCAGUCCAGACUGCAGGAGGCUGAACUGCUGGGAGCUCUGAAAGAGAUGCAAGACAAAGUACUGGACCUGGAGAAGAGGAGCAGCUGCCUGCCUGAUGAGAAUAACAUGGCAGCUCUGCAGGAGGAGCUGAAGCAGAUGAAGCUGAGGGAGCUGGAAACGCUGCGCUCCUUCAGGGAGAUGCAGGACAAUGUAACUGAGCUCAAUCAGCGCUGGCAGCACCAUAUGUCUCGGGGUGGAGGUACUGGCAGUGGGGGUGGCCACUGGAAGGAGUCCCCAAAAAAGAAUGCCAUGAAUGAGCUUCAGGACAAACUGAUGACUGUCAGACUGAGAGAGGCACAGGGCCAGGCAGAACUCAGAGAAGUCAAACUCAAAGUGCUGCAACUUGAAAGCCAGAACCAGAUCCAUAGCAAGCUGAUUGGUCGCUACGAGCAGGAACGCUCCGCCCUCCAGGACCGGAUACAAAUGCUGGCCAAUCAGAACAAGAGUCUCCAGGCCCAACUUAAUGAGAUGAAGAGGAAGCAGACUGAAUCUGACUGCAAGAGUAAAGAAGAGGUGAUGGCUGUGCGGUUGAGGGAGGCUGACAGUAUGGCUGCUAUGGCUGAACUAAGACAGAAAAUUGCCGAGUUAGAGAUUCAGAAGGAGGAAGGGCUGAUCCAGGGCCAGCUAAACCACUCAGACUCCAGACAGUACAUCAACCAGCUCCGAGCACAGAUCUCUGAGCUCAAGAAUGAGGUUAGGCAAUUGCGAGGACAGAAGGUGAACGCCAGGUCCAGGGUGAGCAGCAGUGGCAUGAGCACCAACUAUCAGGAUCUCUGCCUGGCCAGCCCUGUCUCUACAGAGGGCGACUACCUGAGUUCAGAUGAGGACCUCCUUCCAAGCCCACUGCCGCCCAAUGCCCUUUACCCGGCCCUGCCUGGCUCCUGCCACCCCUCCGCCCGCCUGGACAGUGAGGGCAGUACGGACAGCGAGGCGGAGGAGCGCGUGAGGACACACCCGGACCCGCAGCAGAUGUACAGCAGCAUGGUGUGCACGGAGGCACUGGAUAACUAG